GGCGAGAGGUCGCGCGGAAGCCGCUCCGAUUGCUGUGCGCUCCCCCCGUCCUCUGAGGACAGGCCUCCGUUCCGUUGCGUAAUUGGUCCUCUCUUUCUCUCUAUCUGUCCUACCGACCGACGUAUCAUUACCCAGCUGCAGCUAGGUGCGUUCCAUCUGCACCCGUCGGCGCCUGCGGUAGUCGACCAUCGCCUUGCUAAUUGACCACCCUCUUUGAGCGGGCUAUGAAGAUGAGCAAGGUGGGCAACCAGACCAACUCCCAGGACCCGCAGGCUGUCAACUCGCGGGUCUUCGUGGGAAACCUCAACACCUUCCAGUGCUCCAAGACCGACGUCGAGAGGAUGUUCCAGCGCUACGGCCGGAUAGCGGGGAUCUCGAUGCACAAAGGCUACGCAUUCGUGCAGUUCACGAACCCCUUCGACGCCCGCAGUGCCUGUCUUGGCGAAGAUGCGCGCACCGUCCUAGGACAAGUCCUCGAUGUGAACAUGGUGGCAGAACCCAAGCCACAUCAGACGGGUCGGAAGCGACAGAAUGUCGCCAAGACCGGCAACGACUGGGAUUACUACUACGACAGCUACUACGCGUCGGCGGCGUUCCCGCCGCGCAUCGUGCCUCCGCCGAAGCGGCCGCGGCUGAUGGCGCCGCCGGCGAGGCCGACGCUGAAGGCCGUCGCGACGCCGCAGCACAGCAAGACUGUCCCCCAGCAGGCGCCGCAGCAGCUGCAGUCCCAGCCCGCAGCCGGCGUCGGUCAGCUCAAGACCUACAGUAACCCUGACAUUCUCAUCUGUGGGAACUGCCGUGAGAUGUUCACCGAGCUUCAAGAACUUUUGGAACACAAGAAGACGUACUGCAAGCUGCGAUUCACGUGCAAGUGCCACACGCUGGCGGACAAUAAGUCUCCUGGCGAGGACGGCACGGUGGGCCUGCUGUGCGCGCAGUGCAAGGACGUCUUCCCCAGCGCGUGGGACCUGAUGGUGCACGUGCAGGCGGCGCACAUGCUCAACAUCUACCAGCUGGGCGCGCCCAGGGCCGCCCUCAACGGCACCCCGGCCGGCGCCGCCCCCGCCACCCCUGCCGCCGCCGCCUCUGCCAACCCCGUCAAGGAGGAGCACCAGGAGUGCCACGGGGAGCGUGACGGUACACCCGGCGCCGACGACGACGAUGACGUCACGCUGGCGGAGGUGCCGCUGCCGGCGGACGAGAAGCAGCAGGUGAACGGCCGCCGCGCCGACGGCGAAGGCGCAGACAUCGACGAGCUGCUGAUGGACGAGUCUGCGCAGCAGUCCUGCACCGUGCACAUUGAGCAGACGCCGGCGACGCGCGGCCCGGCGCAGCUGGUGCUGAAGGCGCUCACCAACGGCGAGAUCGGCGCCGUGGACUCAUGAUGGGACGCGACUCCGCUCUCCGGCCAGCGCCUGGGUCCUCCAGCGUAGGCGGCCCGGAAGUCGCUGGAACGACCUGCCUGGAGGCCGCUGGAAGGAAGGGGCGGGACGGCCUCUGCCCCGCCUGCCUCACCCCGCCACCCACACGCCCCUCUUCACGUUAAAACGAGUCGUAACCGAGACCAGUACUCGUUCUCCCCCAAACCCCGUUACUUUUCCACGCCGAAUCUUCCGAAGGAACUCAUAACCUUUACAAGCAAUUCGAGAAGUUUCGGGCGUGAUUCUUUUUUCCACCCGAACGCUCCAGUUGCGCUGUCCGAUUGUAUUUUGCUACGUUUCUUCUUGCUUGUGCGGAAACGGGACUUACGAAAAGGGUCCCAAAUCACGAAUGUGUCCGUAACGUUCGAGAGGUGCAUUUAUCUUGUUUUGGAUUCGCCAAAAUAGAAAGUGUCCUGACACAGAGACACUGUGUGUUAAAUUUUCCAUUUUUCCGUUUCAAAAACAGCGUGGUAUUGAAAUACUCGAGUGUUAUGUAAUCUCAAAGAAUAUGACUUUAAAAAAGAAAAAAAAAACAUAACCUGUCUCGUAUGUAUUUUUUGUAGAGUCAGCGGAAGUAAGUGUUCACCAUGUCCUUCGUGACUGGAUACCAGUGCUUCGUACAUCAUAAACACAGCAUGUGUAUCAAACAUGGUGGUGUGUCAGAGUCAGACACCUAUGACCUUACUGAAACUUAGUGACCACCCGCUCAUCCAGUCCGCUGCCAGAGCUUUCGAUUAACAAAAAGAGAAUUAGGAUUUUAACAAAACAGUCCAAGAACAAAAUCGAGGUGCAAUUAUUUUGAUAAGUGAUGAGUGUUUAUUGCGGUAAUAUACUGAAAAACUGGAGGUUUGAAAUUCCCUACAUUGUUUACACGUUAAUGGUUUUACUUCGGUCUGAGUUACAGACCGAAUGAUGUACGUUCGUGUGAUGAGAGAGAUGCGGACAAUCUAAAAUGGAAUUCUGGUUAAAACGUGCGACAACAUUUAACAGUACACUGAUUAAACUGCUUUUAAAUGUUCAAAUAGCUGCUAUCUAAAAUACAAAACUCCCCUCAGAACACUGGUGUAGAAACAGGAGACUCAAUAGAAGUUGACAAGGGGCGAAUGUUGCCGCUUUGACUUGGGGCUUCAUUAACUUGCUUGGAAAGAAAUGGAAAGAAUACCACAGGAUGGGACAGGAGUUCUUUAGGCAGACAGCAACGUCGUGUGUGCUUCUGUCAUGAAAGGAUGAAUUUGUUCACAGCGUCUGACAUCACACUAUUGUGUGAAUAGCUCAAGCACACGCUUUAUUUAAAUACUGAGUUAAAAGGGUCUAACAUGUGCGUAGAGUGCAGAACUUAGCUAAAAUUACUAGAUGAGCGAAUCCAAUCAGGUUGAAAGCACCAGAAACUGAGAUUAUUUACUAAGAAAUCACAGAGAUGUAAUAUCGAACGGUAAUUUUUUGUGCUUUGGUGAAGGACAUGCGUUUUGGAUUGGUUACUCUAGAAGACCGAAGAACAGAACAUGUGCUAAGUAUAUGAUAGUGAGAACAUUGCAAUCUAUACUCAUACUGUAAGAGAAUGACUCACAGUGAAAAAGAAAUGAGUGAUAGUUUCAUAUCAAUUGUAAAACUGGUCUAAUAUUUUUAUGGUCAGAUAUAACUUGUUCAGUUCGGUAAGGGUGACCGUAAAGGCGGUUCUGUUUCCAGGUACUUUAGUUUGUGAAUUAUACAUAACAAAAACCCAGCAAAAUCUGAACACAAUGUAUUUGCAAGUUGCUGAAAUGGAAAACUUUUACAUAUUGAUGGAAGUCACGUUCUGAAAAAGUUGUCGCUGAGUAACAAGGUACAUAUGUUUGCGACGCUAUUUUAGGAUGAAAGAAAUAAUCCUGCACUGUUAUUUUCAGUCUUUACAUGCCCUUCCGUUGUCUGGAACCUCAACAAAACAUGGCAAGCGCCUUGCUUCUUUUAAAUCUUCCUAAAUCAUUCGACUCUAAAUCGGAACCCAUGCAAUUACGGCAAGAAAGUGUUAUUUUUCUAGCGAAAUAUGGGACCUAUGUAAAAAUUUCAUAAAAUGUUGAACGUUAUUUUACUUAUCGUUUAAGCUGAACAUCAAAGACAUGUUGCCACACAGACGGGUCGAAGCCAUAUCAGAAAAUGAUGAAGAGAUUAUUGUAGAAAAUUAUAGUUUAAGAUCGUUGUAAAUAAAUUUUGUGAGAAUUUUCCCAGUUCGUAUAUUCAUUAAGUUAGGAAGUAUGAAGAAUUUUAUCGCUACGUCUUACGUUGUGGUUAAAUGACAUUUUGAUUAUGAACAACAAGAAAAACUCCAGAUCUGUGAAAGUACGUGGUUUUAAGUGAACAAAUGUAGAAAACAGUAUUUUACUUUCCGAAAGAAGAAAGAAAAUUUACGAAUCUGAUUCGCUUCGUGUAGUGUUCCCAUGUGUGUUUCUAUUUCAAUGUAGCUGCAUUUGUAAUAGAGAGCUGAUGUAUA